UUGCCAGCACCUAAUAGAAAAGAAAGGAGGAGGAAGGUAAAGACUCCGGACCGUUCCGCCACCUACCACGAAGGCGGUGGACGGAUCCCCCAAGGGCUGGUGGCACCCGGCCGAACCUUGCGUCUCCCUAGGUUAGUGGCUUGACUCCAUGAUAAACCGGACCGGGGUAACGAACGACAGCUGCCUAUCUUGUUGCUGGAUGAUGUAUGUAGAGGACCGCACAAACCAAUAGUUUGCUUCCGCUGCCGCUCAUUAUUUAUUUCUCGCCUGAUAAGCCAUUUCAGUUCUUUUCUUUCUUUGGGAUUGACCAACAAAGACAAUGGAGGAUGUAGAGAAAGAAUCGAUGUCCCUGCUUCUGGAUAAUGCAAUGGAAGAGAGCGACCUUCCAUCUGACGAGGCAGCUAACACUGCUGAAUCUUCACAUGCUGGCGUUGACUCAGUUGGUGAUACUACACCAGCUGAACAAGGUGAUGAAGGGACUGAGCCUUUGAUGGAAAAUGAGCAGGAAGGUGCACUGCUAGAAGGUCAAGAUAGUUCUCUCCCUGAAGAAAUUAUGGCAAAUGAAGAUGCCUUUAUUGUCGAAUCUUUGGACGGUCCUACAGAACCACACCAAGAAAUGGAAAUGAUGGAUGUAGCAUUUGAAGAUCAAAAAGAUGAUAAUGUAUUGACAGAAGAUGCGGCAGCCACAACUUUAGAACAAGCUAAUGAACCCAUGGAAAUACCAGAUGGAACUGUUUCAACAUCAGAAGGUUUUUCAGAGGACCAAUUUAUGUCUGGAACCGAUGCUCUUAUUGUUCAAAAUGAACCACCACAGCAGCUUAUGGAAGAAGCAGACACUCCAGGGGAGGCUCCUAGUGGUGAUAUAACCACUGACAUUGGUGAAUUGGAGGGUCACCCUACUUCUGAUAAAGAUGAAGAGUUUUUCACUUAUGUUGAGAAGACAAAUUCAACCUUACAAGUUCAGGGAGAUGAUAAAUCACUUACUCAAGAAGAACAGAAUUUAAAAGAUGAUGCAUUAGAGUCUUUAGUUGCUCUUCAGGAUUCCAAAUUUAUUGAACAAGAACAUGCAACGGAACAAGUAGAAAAUGAAGCCAAUGCUGAAGAUCAUUUAGAGCUUCCCAUUGAACAUUCUGAUGAAUUACAAGCUAAUCGCCAAUCUGAAAACUUAUCUGACGUUUUGCCUGCUGGAGGCCUUGCAGAAAAUGCUGUUGACAGUACUGACACGAUGGACUUGCCAAAUGAAGAGGCAGAGCCCAUUGAAUCUGAACUACCUGAUGAAGGUGGAGUGCCAACUGAAAGUGAAACAGUUGCUGGAGGUGAAAUGCCUAUUGAAGGUGAGCUGCCUACCGAAGGUGAAAUGCCUGCUGAAGGUGAAAUGCCUGCUGAAGGUGAAAUGCCUGCUGAAGGUGAAAUGCCUGUUGAAGGUCAGCUGCCUGCUGAAGGUGAAAUGCCUGUGUCAGAUGAAAUGUCUGCUGAAAGUAAUAUGCCUGUUCAAGCAGGAGCACCGAUUGAUGGAUUGCCACCUGCAGAUAGCAAUGAGUCUGCAGAGGGCACGGAUGGCUUCACACUUUUGGCAGGUGGUGAUAAUAUGGAGGAAUCGCUGGGUGGUCUGGAAGGCAAACUGGUCGUUGGGGCUGACGGUACAGUCCAUCUUCUGAGCCAGGAGAGCUUGCAGGGUAUUCAGCUUAUGGAAGGUGACGAAACAUCAGAAGAACAAGCUAAUGAAGAGCAAACUGCUGCACAAUUGCAGCAGGUUAUUCAAGCUCAACUACAAGAAGCUUUAAUGAAACAAGAAGAAAUAAAGAGGGAAGAGGAAGAAAAUAGACCAGAACCAGACCCUUCUCCUGGAGAUCAAGCUAGUGCUGAGUCUGAUGCCUUGGCCACACUCGCUUCAGCAGCCCUUGACCAUCAGGCCCCCUCUAAUGGAGUUAAAAAUGAGCCAGAUGCUCCUGAGAUAAAGUCAGAGCCUGAUAGUAAUGAACCCCAGUGGAUGGAUGUUGGGAUUUGUAAAGGAACAAAUUGUGUUGUUCGAAGCUUUUACAUUCCUAGUGAAGGGCAAACUUGGGACAAGAACUGGGAAAAUAUAAAUACAAGUACCUUACCUGACCAUAGAGCUCUCGCAAAGCUUGAACUGGAGGCAGGUAAAGCAUACAAGUUCCGUGUAGCUGCUAUCAAUUCCUGUGGACGUGGGCCUUGGAGUGAGAUUACCGCAUUUAGAACCUCAAUGCCUGGAGUGCCUGGUGCACCAUCAGCUAUCAAGAUCUCAAAAACUGUUGAAGGAGCUCAUCUUUCUUGGGACCCACCGGCAGCUACAUCAGGAACUAUUGAGGAUUACACUGUAUACAUGGCUGUGCGUAGUGCAACCACAGAUUCUCAGGUUGUUUCAAGUGGUGCUACACAGUUAGCAUUUGUAAGAAUAUACCAAGGUGCCGAAAACCAGUGCUCUGUAGGCUUUGAAACCUUGACUGAGGCGCACAUUGAUACAACUACAAAACCUGCAAUUCUUUUCCGAAUUGCAGCCCGAAAUGAAAAAGGUUUAGGACCAGCCAUCCAAGUUAGGUGGCUACAAGAUGGGGCAGCUCCCAAUAGUGCUAAACCAGUCAAUGCACCUCUUCGAAGGGUAGGAGGUGAAAUCAAGCCUCAUACUAGCAUUAAGAGAAAAAAGAGUGAGUGUGAGUGAUUUUUCAGUCAUUGACAUGCCAAAGUUUUUUGGAUUGUGCUACUAUUUUUGUAGAUUAAUAUGUGCACAUGACAUCAUUUUCACUUUCAUUAUGUUUAUUUUAGUAUUGAUUAUUAGCACGUUACCCCAUAGCUCAUAGGAAUGCAUAUCCUAUUGUGGUCAAUGUUGUUCCAGAUUCUCUGUAUAAUUCUGUAUAAUUGUAUUGUUUCAGUAAGUGACCAAAAAUACUAUCUGUUUUUUGUUAGGUGUUUAAUGACAUUUAUUGUACAGUUGGGUAUUUCUUUUUUCAUUUAUAUAAUUCCAUUACUUCGAAAUAUAGUUAAAUUUUAAUGAUACGAAA